AUGAAACCAUAAUAAAAGAAAUAAUAAUAACAAUUGCGGGAGAAGGGUUUCGAUACAUUUAUCUCUGGAGCCAACAAGGAUAGGGUUAAUUAGAAGAGUAAAAAUCAAUUGAAGGUGAAGAGCAGGAAUGUGAAGAAGUGGAAUGAUGAACACAGUCAAUCCCAGAAGAUAGGCACACUUGAUCAUGAUGAUUUGGAGGUCUUGAGGAAGUCGUUAGUGUAAGGUAAUGUGCUCAGCAAAUCUUAAUAGGAUUUGCUUGAAAAAUUGCAGAAAGACACGCCCAUCGAUCAUAGAUAUGACCCUCACUUUUCACAAAUAUUGGAUAGUGACAAUGAUGAAUACGACGAGCAAUACAUUCAAGAAGAAGAAGAAUUGUGUUAAUCCGAAGGCGAAGACAACGGUGAAGAAGUCUAUAAGGAUGACUUUGAAAACACUAAACCUCAAAUUCAACCUGUUGUUCAAUAACCAUAGCCCCAAUAAAUAAUACAAGUAGUCAAUUUACCUGCUACCAAACCCAGACCCAAUAGUGCCAUAUCAGAAUAACCACAAUCUCAAUAGCAACUACCCAAAUAACUUAGAUAACCUUCACAGGAAAUUAAACCUCUUCCCUUGAACAAACCAGAAAUAAAGCAAUAUGCAUCUAAACCUCAAUUAAGGGCUAAUUCGGUCACUAAGUAAGAGGAUGUCAAAAAUGAUAAUCACUCCUUCAACCCUCCUCAGACCUCUUAAAGUUAGAAGCCAUAAGAAAAGUAAAAGGAUAAUCUUGAAGAGUUAUUUGAAAAAAUUGAAAAGUUAUCAAGUAAUGAAAAACAAAAACUCAUGUUCUUCUUAAACAAGAACACUAUCAAUGUAGAAGAGAAGACUGACCGUUCAGAAAUUAAAAAUGAAUAGAACUUAUAAAAAUAGUCAUUGGAAACAGUAAGCAAAUAAUAAAAACAAUAAAAAGAGUUAUAAAUUAUUGAAAAUAAACCAAAAGAAUAAGUAUAAUUGGGUCACCCUUAAUAAUAAUCAAAUCACCAACCAUCUUUGUAAAUACCAUAAAUUGAAAACAAAAAAAGGAAUGCAAGUAUCAACAAUGUCAUUCAAUUACAAUAAGAAUUUGUCAAUUAAGAAAAGGUAUAAAUUAGUAUGGAAAAAAAUUCCGAAAUGCUGAUUGAUAAGAAUUGUUAGUUAAAAAUAAGAAUACUUUCUACUUGGGGUAAUCCAAGUUUAGUAGGUCUCACUGAAAUAGAACUUUAUGCAAUUGAUGGUAAUAAAGUCUAACUUAAACCAUAUAAUAUUAAAAUGGCAAAUGCAUAGUCACUCAAAAUGCCAGAAAUCCUUAUUAAUGGCAAAUACUUAACCAAAGAUGCAGUCAACAUGUGGUUGGGAAGCAUGCCUGAUCCUCCAAAAACUAUAGAUAUCGAAAUCUCUUAUGAUGAUGAUAUUGUCUUGGGAGGACUCAAGAUCUUCAAUUACAAUAAGAGUUUGAUUGAUAGUGUUAAGGGAGUUAGAGACAUGGAAAUAUUGUGUCGAUAGAAUGGCAACGUCAUCUCUAAAAUUGUGGAAAUUAAAAAAGGCACAGGCUUUGAAAUUGAUGAUUAUGGAACUGAAAUUCAGAUUAUGGAUAAUUUUAAAUUCCCAACCUUCUAAAACACUCAUUCUAAAUUCGCCUAAAAACUCAGGGGCUAAAUUGAUUAAUCAGAUGUUAUUGAAAAAAAACAAGAGAAAUUAGACGAUUCAAAGCCUCCUCCCUCAAGAAAAGGGAAAGGACCUAUAGUAGUCGAUGUAUUCAAAGGAGAAAGAUUAGAUACGGGUAAAACAGAUAAAAAGGUUGAAUAGAUACAGCCAUCUAAUAAUAAUUCAUAACAUUAAUAACUUAUUAAUGAGCCUAGAAGAAGAAGAGACAUGCCUCAACCUACUUAAGAUUAUCUUGAAGAGACACUCCAAUAUUUUAAUAUUACAUAACAAGGUCGAUUGAAACCUGUUUAGAGACAAGACAUAAUUGAAGAUCCAGUAACAGUUCCAAAAUAUGAAGAAAUUGAUGCUUUGGAUUUUUUUUUCAAAGGUUAAUAAAGACCCAAUAAUGUUUAGCCAAAACAGUAAUUAUCAAAGUGGGAAACACCUUCUUAACAAUAGCUUCCUUCAUAAAUUACCCAAUAACCAAACAGAAAUAAUUAUAGAUAGCAAACAUAAGAAAAUGCUUAACUCAUUAAGGACCUGCUUAAUCAACCACUAAUUAACUAAGCUCCAAUUAAAAAAGCCAAGAAGUAAGUUUCCUUACCAAGCCUUCCUCAGGUUAGGGUAAUCACGAUCCACAUACAUUCGACUUGGGGAGAUAAAUAUUAUGUGGGAUUGAAUGGAAUUGAGAUAUUCAAUGAAGUAGGAAAAUAAAUUGAGAUUUAAGAUCCAUACAGUCAAGUCAAGGCUGAUCCUAGUGAUAUUAAUGUGUUACCAGAAUAUUUCAAUGAUCCAAGAACACCUGAUAAGUUGGUUGAUGGAGUAUAUUACACUCAGUCUGAUAUGCAUGUAUGGUUGAGUCCAUUUUAGAGAGGGAAGAUUAAUAAGAUUACUAUUGAUCUGAAUGAAAAGAAGAAAAUUAGUAUGAUUCGAAUAUGGAAUUAUAAUAAGAGCAGAAUCCAUAGUUUUAGAGGAGCCAAAGAUAUUAGUUUAUUUUUUGAUAAUCAAAUUGUAUUUAGAGGAGAUAUCAAGAAGGGAUUUGGAAACAUGAAUUUAUAAAGAGUUAUUAAUUAAAAUGAACAACCCUUUGAACUGUUUCUAUUCACUAGUGAUGAAAAUAUCAUCUAGCAAAUAGCAAAAAAUGAUUGGAUAAACUCUUAGGAAUUCUAAACAAUAUAGCAUGAUCAUCAAAAUGAAAGACCAAAUACAGGAAAUGCAGAUUCAGAAGUGAGACCAACGACAUCAGCUAAAGUGACUAAUCUUUAGAAUGAAAUCAAAUAGGCCAGAUAACAAGAGCAAAAUCAACAGAGACAAGAGAAAUAAUAAAUUUAAAGAGCAUUAGUUAAUCAGAAUUCAAAUGGUAUAAUUUGUAGAUAUUUAUAAAUCAAACUAUUAAGACCUUGGGCAGAUUAACCAUAUAUUGGAUUGACUGGAGUUGAUAUUUAUGGUAAGGAGGGAAAAAUAUAAGUAAAAAACAUUAAAUCCGAUUAUCAAAGUGAUGGAGACAAAGGAAACAUAAUCAGUCUCAUAAAUGGGAUUAAUGUGACUACUAAUGAUAUGAAUAUGUACAUCCUACCCUUUCAGCCUGGAAAGUAUAUCACUUUAACAUUAGCAUUUGACAUCCCUCAAUUAAUAACCUCCAUCAGAAUUUGGAAUUACAAUAAAUCCUAUGAGGACUCUUUUCGAGGGGCCAAGUUCAUUAGUUUAUUGAGUGAUUAGGGAAUUAUCUCUAAUUGUGUUGGAUUAAAAAGAGCUCCUGGUUGUGAAAUUUAUGAUUAUGCCUAAACAAUAACAAUACCAUGCAAAGAAUAUAAUUUUGAAGAAACCACUUAAGUCUAAAAAUAAUUAAGAUGCGAAUAUGAAAUCAAUAAUUUAAUGGUCGGAUAUGAACUCAAGAUCUAAUUGAUAACUACAUUUGGAGAUAUUCAUUAUAUUGGAUUGAAUGGUUUAGAAAUUCUAGAUUCUAAAGGAAGACAAAUACAAGGCAAUAUUGGAGCGGAACCUUCAUCCAUCAGAAUUCUUUAAUCUAUGAGGGGAGACAAAAGAGUAGUAGAAAAUCUCUUGGAUGGAAUUAACGAAACCCAAAAUGACACUCAUAUGUGGUUAGCUCCAUUCACUAAUAGAUGUUUUGACCACUCUCAAGAUCCUCAAAUCAAUACUAUCUAUUUCGGCUCUGAACAACCUUUUGCUCUAGGCUGUAUCAUCUUUUGGAAUUACACAAAAACUCCUUUAAGAGGUGUACAUGAAAUUGCCAUUAGUCUUGACGAUAAUAUUAUCUACAGAGGGUAUCUAAGAUAGGCAGGUAAUGAUGGAAAUCAGACAGUUGUUCUAUUUUACAGAGAUAUGCAGUUGAUGGAAAGAUUCAGUGGGAAAUAUUAUACCGAAUUUGGGCAAAAACAAUCUGCUGGCUAUAAAAAUGAAGAGAAAGGUACGAGAUAAGUUUAAACUUAUGCUCUUUUAGAAAGACCAAUAACUAGAGUCAAAGGUAGUAAUUGA